AUGGUGCUUGUCGCUUAUUCUGACUCAGAAGCCUCUGAUUCAGAGCCGGAGAAUAACACCCCCGCUCCCGUCCCUGCCUCAACAACCAAAGCCGCCGUAUCGUCCUCAGGCGCAGCUUCGACCGCAAACCCAAACUUCCCAUCCAUCGUCGAUAAAAGCAAUCCUCGCAAAAUCCGUGUCGCACUCCCAGAAAUCAAGCCGGAAACGCCAGUUGGAGACGAUGCCGAUGGCCCAGCGCGCAAAAAGCCUAGGAUAGGUGGAGGAGGCGGUGGUGCAUUUUCGGGGUUCAAUUCAUUCCUGCCGGCCCCGAAACGGCCCAACGCCACGGCAGAGAAGGAGAAAAAUCUAGGUGGAGGACCUGCGCGAAAGGUGCUCAGUUUGAAGACGGGUGCUGCACCGGGGUUCGAUCGGGAGGCUGACGAGGAGAUGAUGAAAGAUAUGGAGUUUGAUAACCUAGGGGCCGCUGGUGGCGAUGAUGAUGAGACUAUUCCGAAAGCUGGGAGUUCGCAAAAGGAGGGUUAUGAAGAGUUCGGGGAUGAUAAUCUGGAAAAUAUGACGAAGAAGAAACCGGAAGAGGUGGUCUUAAAGGGGAAUCCGAUGAUGUUUAAGCCGUUGUCGGUGGGGCGGACCCAGAAGAAAAAGAAGACGAUGGCCACGAUUAUACCGCCACCGAUGCCAGAGCCUAAAGAGAAAGAUGGGAGCGUGGAAGGAGAAAAAGGGACGAGCGUACAUGCCCCGGCUCAAGCCCAGAAGCCUACUGCGCCUCCUGCCCCGAAACCCAAAGUCAGCCUUUUCUCCCUGUCGACGGAUGAAAAAACUACGCCAGACACCUCGAAAUCAGCCAAUAGCUUUACAUACGAGCCCCUUGUAUAUACGAAUGAACACGCGCCUGCAGCUGGUCCAGUCCCAGAACCCGAGUCGGUUUCUGCCUCCUCAACGCAAACGGCCCCCCCAACACAAUCGUUGGAUUACAUCGCGGAUGAUCUGAACCUCUCCCGUGCUCAACGACGCCAGCUGUUUGGCCGCAAUGCCGACCCAUCGAAUUCCCGAAUUCUACACUUCAAUACGGAUAUGGAAUAUGCUACAAACCAGGAAAUGGCACAUAAGGAACUUGCUGCGACACAACACAACCCAGUUCGGGCUAUUGCCCCCGGCAAGCACACGCUGCAACAGUUGGUCAAUGCGGCAAGCACACAAAAGGAAGCCUUGGAGGAGAGUUUCGCAACUGGCAAACGGAACAAGAAAGAGGCCGGUGCCAAGUAUGGAUGGUAA